AUGGCGUCCCAGAAACAUGUUGUGGAGGUGCCACGGAGCAUUAUCCCUCGUCUAACCUGGAACAGCUCAUCGUCUUGGCCUGCCGUUUCCUCUCAUAAUUCCUCUCUCGCUAUACGGCAACGGCAUCAAGAUCCUCGAGGCUGGAAGCCUAUAAGUCGAGAAAUCCACACUCUUAAUGGCCCAUAUCAAUCUUCCCGAAGUAUAUCUACUUCCAUCCGAGACUCUCGCUACUCGAAUGCCAUCUCCCGACGAAUCUACACACCGAUCGCGACACGACCGUUGACCGAACCCCUCGGUAGCCCUAUUCGCCACAAUGGUGUAUACGUCGCAGCGUUCAAGUCUGCACACCGUGCUUUCCGUGCAACACCAUAUCGUCCGCGCGACCAUCACUUUGAUACUUUGAAGUUUGUGAAGCGACUUCAAGCGGAGGGAUUCAGCGAGGAACAAGCUGUGGCCAUGAUGCGAGUAUUAAACGACAUCAUUCAAGAAUCUAUCCAAAAUUUGACGCGAACUAUGGUACUACGAGAAGACUCGGAGAGAUCAACAUAUACUCAAAAAGUUGAUUUUGCCAAACUCCGGUCUGAACUUUUAAAUGCCGACUCAACUGAAGCUCAACUUACUCACUCGUCGCACGAGAAACUUGCAGCUGAUCUUGCUAAGUUGAAUUCACGUCUGCGCGAUGAGAUUGGAAGGACGCAAGCAUCUGUUCGUCUAGAUCUGAAUCUCGAAAAGGGCCGAAUUCGCGAAGAAGCCAAUGGCCAGGAGAUGCGCAUCAAAGAGACGGAGACUCGCAUUGAACAAGAAGUUGCUGGCUUGCGAGAGCGAGUUGAGGCGGUCAAAUUCUCCACUCUACAGUGGCUCAUGGGUGUCUGUACCGGUACUUCUGCUUUGAUUCUUGGUGCUUGGCGCCUGUUCAUGUGA